AUGAUUACAAAUACAUCUUUACUUCACGACAAUAAUGUCUUUUUUAAUGGGUCUUUGGCUCACAGCGUUGCUGGCCUUUGUACUUGGGCAGCACUUUUAAUUACCAGUUACCAAAUUUAUCAGCAUUUAAGAUGGUAUUCUUGUCCCAGUGAACAAAGAUGGAUUAUUCGAAUUCUUUUUAUUGUCCCAAUUUAUGCAUUUGACUCUUGGCUGUCUCUUUUAUUUUUCUCAAAUGAUGUUUAUAUCUACUUCAAUUCUAUUCGUGAUUGUUAUGAAGCCUUUGUCAUCUACAGUUUCCUCAGUCUCUGUUACGAAUAUUUAGGUGGCGAAAGUAAUAUAAUGAACGAAAUACGCGGCAAACCAAUUAAACCAACAAAUAUUUGGACUUUUACUUGUUGUUUGGCGGGGAAACAAUAUACAAUUGAAUUUUUACGGUUUUGUAAAAAGGCUACUUUACAAUUUUGUUUAAUUAAACCAAUUAUGGUGGUGCUUACUUUAAUGUUGAUGAUGGUUAGAAAAUAUGAGGAUGGAAAUUGGAGUAUUGAUCAAGGCUAUAUUUACAUCACAAGUGUUUAUAAUAUUUCUGUUUCUCUGGCACUUUAUGGUUUAUUUCUUUUCUACACUGCCACAAAAGAUUUAUUACAUCCAUACAAUCCUGUUUUAAAAUUUUUGACUGUAAAGUCUGUCAUCUUCCUUUCAUUUUGGCAAGGGUUCCUCCUUGCCGUACUUGGCGCUACUUCAGCCAUUGAUCCAAUUUAUGAUUCAGAAGGAAAUGAAGUAAUUAGUAGAGGAACAGUUGCAGCUGGAUAUCAAAACUUUUUUAUUUGUGUUGAGAUGUUUUUUGCUUCAAUUGCUUUACGGUUUGCUUUUGAUGCAUCAGCUUAUAUGGAUGCACAUACAAUAAAUUCUGGUGAAGAACCACGAGCCAUGACUCUCCAAAGUAUUUCUAGUUCGUUGAAGGAAACAAUGAAUCCACGUGACAUAAUGCAAGAUGCCAUACACAACUUCCACCCUCAAUAUCAACAAUACACACAGCAUUCGAACCCUUCACGUUCGGCGAGUUAA